AAAAGUAAAUUGGCUGGGUUCUUGGACGCCGAGGUCGUCCAAACCAGAGUUUGCGGUAAUCAUUAUCCAUGUUCUCCAUCAGCCCAAUGACCAACAGGCUCCUUCCCUAAUCUUGUUUGGUCUCCAAAUCCUCGUAGUUGUGGAAUUAGAAUUAGGGAAGGAAAGUAUAAGAGCCUCCGAGCCUCACCGCUACAAAGCAAGUAUAAGAGCCUCCGAGCCUCACCGCUACAAAUCCAAAUUGAACCCAACAACCAAUUUCAGAAGAUUCAGUCAUGUCCAGUGACGAAUGGUUUUUUCAUUACAGAGUGGUGCAAACAAGCCUAAGGGAACCGUACCCCGGCGGCGAGGUCAAGAUUCUGUUCAAAUUGUUGUUCUACAGGGUAAACUUAAGCCUAUCCCCGGGGGGUGAUCCAGUUUUUGACAGAAGUGAGUCAACCAUCUCAGUAUCUCAAGCAGAAUUUUGGGUCAAUUUUGGUGAGAUCAAGUCAAAUAAUAGAGUCGAGGAGUAUAGAGCGAUGAUGGCGGAUUGUCUUUCAAACUUUGGUGUCCCGCAAGAUGAGCAUCCACAUAUUAUUGAAAACAUAUUCCAGGUGGUUGACGCGGCCGUCUUCCCCGACUACCCUAUUGUUGUUAGCAUAUGGGACACCACUUUUCGCAGCAGGAGUAGUGAUGAAGAUGAAGUAUGUAGACCUAAUUUCGUUCCGGCAGCGGAAUUGUCGAUCCAGGGUUUGCAGCAAGUGACACUUGAUAGCUCGAAAUUUAGGGAAUUUGAAGCAACAAAAUCAUCAUGUGCAAUUGGUUUGGAGGAUUUUGCAGAACAAGGUAUUGAUCAACUGGUGGUGGUUACUAGCCUGCCCUGCUCACACUAUUAUCAUGGAGAUUGCAUUGUCAAGUGGCUGGAGAUUUGUCAUCUAUGUCCCAUAUGCCGAUACCCAAUGCCAAUAGAGCAAGUGGGCGACCCAUCAUCAAAUCCCUUACCCCAAUCAAGGCAAUAGCGUAUAUUAUAUAUAUGCUGCUACUUGCCAAGAGGUGCUUGCUGA